AUGGCCUCUCUCACGCGGAGUAUCGUCAUCGGCCCACUCUCCCGGUCUUCUCUUCCCAAAUCCACGAGCUCCUCCUCGAUAUGCGCGCAAUGUCGGCGCACCUUCAUCGCCAGUCCCGCCCUGCAGUCCGGACACAACAAGUGGUCCAAGAUUAAGCAUGACAAGGCCGCCGCUGACGCCAAAAAGACUGCAAUCCGGACAUCAUUCACCAAGAACAUCACCUUGUACUCGAAGCUCUAUGGACCCAACCUGAGUGAUAACCCGCAGCUUGCCUCCGUUGUCGCGGCGGCCAAGAAGGCCGGCACACCCAAGGCGUUGAUCGAGGGAGCCAUUGCCCGAGGCCAGGGCAAGUCGUCUGAAGGCGCCACGCUGGAGCCCGUGAUAUACGAGGCGAUUGUGCCGCCCAACAUUGCACUGGUGGUUGACGCUGCGACGGAGAACACGAAGCGCGUUAUAGAAGACUUGAACCAGUACGUCAAGAAGGCAAACGGCACCAAGAGCCCGUCCAAGUUCCUCUUCGAACGGAGGGGCCGCGUGAUCUUUGAGAAGGGCGAAAGCGGGCUGGAUGUAGAUGAUAUCAUGGAGGAGGCGAUCGAGGCUGGCGCUGAGGACCUGGAGAACGACGCAGAGGGCAACAUUAUUGUCUGGUCGGACCCCUCGUCAACGCAGCAGAUCUGCAAGGCUGUUGGGUCCAAGUUCAACCUCAAGAUCGCCGAGUCCGACAUCGUGUGGCAUGCUAUUGAAGAUACCAGGGUGCCGCUGGACUCGUCUGAGGAGUUGACCAAGUUUACGGACCUCCUCACAAGCAUCAAGGACUACCCUGAUGUCCAGGCGAUCUGGUCGAAUGUUUCUAGGGGAAACAUGAGUGAUGAUGAGUGGGCCAGGGUGGCUGAGCUCAUUAACGAGUAG